GGCCCCUCCCCGGCCCGGUGUUUGCCGGGCCCGGGGGGAGUCCCGCGGCAGCGUUUUGGAGAACGAGGCGCUGUUUUCCCUCUGGCUCGUCUCCUCAGGAUGAGGGGAAAGCCCCGUUUAAUGCACUGGGAGUAAUUUUUCUGGUCAUCCAGGGCAACACCCACAGGGACUCCGCGGUGACUAAGUGUCCGGGCGAUUGGAGAGGUGCAGCUCUGCUUCCUCCCGAGCUUAGCGAGCCCUGCGAAGGCCCCGCCACUUUCUCUCCUCCCUCUGACGGGGCUGCCUGAGGUGGCUUUUCACUGCUGGAAUUUGCCUUGCUGAGGGUGUGGAGAGUGGAGCUGAGAGCACUUGUUCUUAGGAUCUUAUGGUUCUCCAGCCCGGCUGCUGCCUGCCCAAGACACGUGCUAGGCCACCCUCCCCAUGAGCGGGCAGCGGGGCGUCAGGCGGCGAUGCGGGGAGUCGCACCUGGAGGGCCCCGCGGGCUGCGGCCACGGCCCCAGCGCCGCCUGCGUGCUCAGCAGGCUGGUGCAGCUGCCCACGCCGCCCCUGUCCAAGCACCAGCUCAAACGGUUGGAGGAGCACAAGUACCAGAGUGCCGGACGCUCCCUGCUUGAGCCGCUCAUGCAGGGCUACUGGGAGUGGUUAGUGGGGAGAGUUCCAGCCUGGAUCGCCCCCAACCUCAUCACCAUCAUCGGACUCUUGAUAAAUAUAUUUACUACUCUGCUGUUAGUAUGUUACUGCCCAACAGCUACAGAGCAGGCACCUCCCUGGGCAUACAUUGCUUGUGCUUGUGGCCUUUUCAUCUACCAGUCCCUGGAUGCUAUCGAUGGAAAACAAGCAAGAAGGACAAAUAGCAGCACUCCGUUAGGAGAGCUUUUUGAUCAUGGCUGUGAUUCCUUGUCCACAGUCUUUGUGGUUUUGGGAACUUGUAUUGCUGUGCAGCUGGGCACCAACCCUGACUGGAUGUUCUUUUGUUGUUUUGCUGGGACGUUCAUGUUUUACUGCGCGCACUGGCAGACGUACGUCUCGGGGACGCUGCGCUUCGGCAUAAUUGAUGUGACUGAAGUACAAAUCUUCAUAAUAAUCAUGCAUUUACUGGCAGUGAUUGGAGGACCACCUUUUUGGCAAUCUCUGAUUCCAGUACUGAAUAUUCAGGUGAAAAUAUUCCCAGCUCUUUGUACUGUGGCAGGAACCAUAUUCUCCUGUACAAACUACUUUGGUGUGAUCUUCACGGGUGGAGUUGGCAAAAAUGGAUCCACUAUAGCAGGAACCAGUGUCCUCUCACCUUUUCUCCACAUUGGCUCAGUGAUUGCCUUGGCUGCAAUGAUCUACAAGAAAUCUGCUGUGCAGCUCUUUGAGAGGCACCCCUGCCUCUACAUCCUGACUUUUGGCUUUGUGUCUGCCAAGAUCACGAAUAAACUGGUGGUUGCUCACAUGACCAAGAGUGAGAUGUAUCUGUAUGACACAGCAUUCAUAGGGCCAGCAUUGCUGUUCCUUGACCAAUAUUUUAACAGCUUUAUUGAUGAGUAUAUUGUCCUCUGGAUUGCCCUGAUCCUGUCCCUGCUGGACCUGCUCCGGUACUGUGUCAGUGUGUGCCGGCAGAUCGCCGCCCACCUGCACAUCCACGUGUUCCGCAUCAAGGGCUGCCCCGCGCACUCCAACCACCACUAGGGCUGGCAGCCCCUCGGGACGGAGGAGCAGCUGGAUUCUGCAGGAGUGCUUCAAGACUUGGAGGAGACUAAGGCUAAAGCAGAUAAGAACAAAGUAAUUUAUAAUAAUCAAUGUUGUAUAACUUUUCUUCUUUGUUAUCAAUAACACUCCUUUAACUAGUCUCCUGCCUGAGAGAGUGAAUUCCAGGUACACCCUAGUCAACUCUCCGUGUAGUCAACUCUGUUGGUUCCAAGCCCGGGAAAGCAUGCAGGAAGUAAAUGCUCUUUGUAAUUACCUUGAUUACAAAUUAAUCUCUAUACGGUGAAUGGAUCCCCACCAACUGAAGUUUCUAAUGUAGUAUAAUUACAGCUGCAAUCUGACUCGCUUUUAAUUUUAAUAUUUCAUCAUCUCUUAGUGAAAUACUUGUUUAGUGUCCACUUGGAAUUUAUUUACUAAAGUCCUGAGCUGGUACAAGCCCAGAGAUAUCUCACUAAGCUGUGUGGCUGCAGCAGCUGCCAGGUGGGAGCCAGGCUGGGGUGGCUGUGCUCGUGCAUUGCUGACAAAGCGGUUUCGUGCUGAACGGGUCCUGUGAGCCAAGGGGUGCCCGGCAUGCAAAACAGUGUGGUAUCUUUGUCAAUUAAUUUUAUUUUUUUAAAUAAACAUUAUCUAAAAAGACAACUUAUUUCUCAAUUUUCUUCAGUGGAAAAGACUAUAAGAAAAAAAUUUACUGUUUACUUUUUAUGUAUAAAACUUAAGCAAAAUUUUCUUUCUGCUCUUAAUAAAUAAGAAUUCUGAGAGCAA